AUGUCUGCGUCUAGGGGUAGACGUACUGGUGGUGGCGGGACGCUCAAGGGACAGUUUCUCAAUGGUGACUGCAAUCCGCGCCUGCCUGCAGUACACUUCGAGACCAAGAAGGAAGGCGCAAAUAAAGGCAAAUGGUUUCGUACUUGCCAAAAGCCAAAGGAAGAGCAGUGCAAGUUCUUCCUCUGGGACCACGACGCGCAGCCCAGGGAGAAGAGUACUCUAGCAAGAAACUCUCGCACCGAGCCUGGUCUUGCCAAUCCAGCUCCCACCACACCAGCUACGCCUUCCAGGCGUCCGCCCCGCGCCCCACCACAUUACACAGUCCAAGCAAACUCGUCCACAGCAAGUCGCAAGCGAUCGCGGCCCAUGGAAGAUGAUUCCGAUGACGAAUAUGGUCUCGGGCAGGUUGAUGACGAUGAUCUAAAUCAAGUCAUGGUUGCGGCUGAGACGCCAAGCAAAGCUGCUAGAACGACCGACUUCACAACUCCCGCACCGAAGAGACAAAAACUACCAUGGCAAAUGGAGUCGGGCAGCAUUUCCAGAAACAACGGCUUACAAACACCUCGAACCCAUCAUAAGAGUCAGGUAGAUAAUCCGUUCGCAUCGAAAUUCCCGACCACAGGGAGUGCUCUGUUCACGCCAACGUCCGGACCUAACGCGGAUGGCAACAAGCAGGUCGCGACACUGCCUUCUUCGGAUGGAACGCCCACUCCAAGUCGGUUCAAGAAUGCGAUGGAUGAAGACAUCGUCAAAGAUGUCUUUGACAUGCUAAAGAAUAGCAACGUGCCCCUCUCAGAGCAUUGCGAGAAGGAGCUUAGGACUGUGCUAGUACGGCACAGCAAAAGUGCGGAAGGAUACAGAAGAGGCCGCGACCUCAUGCGCAGCACGAUCAAAGCGAAAGACGCCAGAAUCACGGAGCUGACGCAUCGCAACAACACUCUCGCAGCUGAGCUGGAGGCUGAGAAGGCUACUGUACAAUAUCUUCGAUGGAAAGCGCAGGAUGAGCAGGACACUUGA